CCCGGGGCGGGGAGGCUGGGACGCCCGGGCUCCGGGUUCCCGGUUCCCGCCUGGCCGCCCGGUUGCUGGUGCGGGUUGGGGUAGAGCUGCGAGCCCUAGGUACAGACGCCUCCCAGGCGGGACCCGCCAAGGGCGCGGAACGCCGUGGCUCCCUCAGGGCUGGCUCCCGGGCUCUGUGAGCAAGUGCGGAGUGGAUCCCAUUCUGCCGCCCAUCCCGGCCGCAGUGGGGACCUCGGGAGAACGAGGAGCUAGGACGCGGCGACUGCAACGCACUCACGGGAACAAGAAGUCAUUUCAACUUUAAAGCAUCUAAGACUACAAUCGUGGAACCCGACUGAAAGCAACAGAAAGGGGAGAAGCUGGGCCAUCUUUCAUUUACUCUCAUUUAAAAGGAUUUGAAGAGGAAAAUAAAAUGGCAGAGCUGUAAGAUUAAUAUCCAGGAUGAAUGAUGAUAACUCAGAUAGGACAGAAGAUGAACCGCAUUAUGUAUUUAUCUGUGAUAAGAACUCGAAUCCAUCCGAAUGCUUCAAAACAGCUCUCCAGUGCUCUUCAGUUGGUCAUGGGGACUGGGACUCGGCCAACCCAGACGACAUGGUGGUGGAUUAUGAAACAGAUCCUGCCAUGGACAGUAGUGAAAGUGUUUCUUUAAGCCAUCCGAGUGUUGAAGUGCUCGCUUACCCAGAGCCUUCAACUGAUUUCAUGGGGAAGCAUGAGUUUGCAAUGUACAGUGAGCUUACCUGCCAGUCUCCUGCACUCGUGAACACAGGGAAGCCCCCAGACCCACACAGUGACUUUGGUUCCCUAGAGGCAAUCCAGAAUGAGAGGUUUGAUCCAUCUAAGCCCUGUGUGUACAAGGCUGAUGAUGAUUAUGCUUGUGGAGACUCUCCUGAAACUUUGGAGCUAAAACAAACAUAUGACAUGAAAGUGGGCACAGCUAACUGCACCUUUAUAGCACAGCAAGCUAUUGAACAGGGUCAGCCUUCACGUGCUCCUGGAGGGCUGCAGCCAACAGUGAGAGACAGAAAUGCAUUGUCCUGCUCCAAUCGGACCCCACCCUCUUCCUCUAAAAUGUGUGUAAGAGGGGUUAAUGGCAAUAGAGAGAACUUCGAAAGCCUUCAAACCACACCACCAAAGACCCUAAACACAACCUAUACAGUGAUUUCUGAUGUGCUGAUGCAAACUGACAGUCCAGACAUUGGUAUUCAGUGUCAGCAUUCUUUAGGAAAUGUCACCAAAGAGUACACAGAUGGGACAGGGCAAGGAUACGUUGGAGAAAAAGAGAUACAAGCUGUGACACUGGUUUCUGAUGGCAUGGAGGUCCCCAAUGGGUCUGUAUUACAGAAGUUCUAUUGUGUAUCUGAAGAAGACCCAAACAGUGAGACGCAUUCACACGGCUCGUAUGCUCAACAGGAAAUGGGCCAAAAUCUAAGAGGAUCAUUGUCCGACGGUCAUGUUGCUGGUGAAUGCCCAGUAGUGGGGCCAGCUUUUGGUAAAAGUAAAACCCGAGUGCUGGACUCUGAGUGUAGAGUCACGGUGACUGAAGACCCACACAUGGAUUCCCAAGACAAUGACUCAGACAUUCAAAGCAGUACUGAGGAGCUGACCCUGGGAAGUGUUCCAAGGCAGAGGGUUUCCUCCUAUGAGGUGGGUUGGGAUGAGCAUGUAGGAGCCAUUAGCACAAAUAAUACAGCCUGUGUGUCAGCCCCAAUUAGGCAACUCCCCCAUGUGAGCCUCACACUUUCACCUGUUGAAGUGACGAAGAAAUACAAUAAUGUGGAGAAUGGACCAAGAGAUGCUAAAAGUGCACCAAACUUGAAAGGAGAACUAACAAAUAUGUCAAAACCUAAUCUGGGAAAAUCAGCUACCAAAACGAACACCACCAUAGGCAGUAAAGUGAGGAAGACAGAAAUUAUAAGUUAUCCCACACCAAACUUCAAGAACAUUAAAGCCAAAGUUAUAUCCAGAUCCGUGUUGCAACCCAAAGACGCUUCCCUAGUGAAGGACACAACCAAUCCCCAGGUUCCGAGGGGCUCCUCACCCACACCAGUGCCUUCUAAACAGUUGACAAUGACGAACAAAACACUAAGGUCUGACUUAAAAGCAGACAGGAAAGCAGAAAUCCCAAUUAACAAGACACACAAGCAACAGCUUAAUAAAUUCAUUACCAGCCAGGCUGCGCAAGUUACAGCCCAUUCUAAAAGUGCUUCGCUCAGGGUUCCAAGAACAGCAUCUGCCACGAAAUUGAACCAGGAGGAUGUUGACAAGACAGGUUCUCCUCAUGCAGGGAGUGAGACCGGGUCUGUGACUGCCUUCUUCCAGAAGAUCAAAGGCAUCCUCCCGGUUAAAAUGAAAAGCUCAGAGUGUUUGGAAGUAACUUAUGUUUCCCACAUCGAUCAGAUUAGCCCUGAAAAGGUUGAGCAGGACUGUGAGGCUCCACUGGAAAAGCAAGAGCUGGGAAAGCAAGCCAUGAAUGAGACUUUUGAAUCCAAGUCUCUGUUUGUGGACUCUGCACCCAAAACAUCCACCACCCCAGGAAGGAGCAGUUCCAAGCCAGACUCCUGCAGCCUGAGGAAAACACCAGGUCUAAAAGCCAAAGUGGGGCCGGCUGCUUCCUGCCUGAGGAGGAAGAACGACAGUAGAACCCUAGGCUCCGACAGGGCCUUAUCACCUCAGAGGAUCAGGCGUGUGUCCGGCUCUGGUAGUAAUGCUUCCAUCAACAAAUUUGAAGAGAAACCCCCCAAACAAGCCUUUCAGAAUGGCUCGGGACCCUUAUAUCUGAAGCCUUUGGGACCCAGAGCUCAUGCACACUUGCUCAAAACUCCUCCAAAAGGUCCUUCGAGAAAGAGUCUGUUUACAGCUUUUAAUUCAGUUGAAAAAGGCAGGCAGAAAAACCCCAGAAGCCUGUGCAUCCAGACCCAGACAGCUCCAGAUGUGCUGUCCACCGAAAGGACCCUUGAGUUGGCUCAAUACAAGACAAAAUGUGAAAACCAGAGUGGAUUUAUCCUGCACCUCAAGCAGCUUCUCUCCUGUGGUAAUACCAAGCUUGAAGCACUCACAGUCGUGAUCCAGCACCUCCUGUCUGAGCGGGAGGAAGCACUGAAGCAACACAAAACCCUCUCUCAAGAACUUGUCAGCCUCCGGGGAGAGCUAGUUGCUGCUUCCAGCACCUGUGAGAAGCUAGAAAAGGCCAGGAAUGACUUGCAAACAGCGUAUGAAGGCUUCGUCCAGAAACUAAACCAGCAGCAUCAGACGGACCAGACGGAACUGGAGAACCGGCUGAAGGAGUUUUACACGGCAGAGUGUGAGAAGCUCCAGAGCAUUUACAUUGAGGAGGCAGAAAAAUACAAAACUCAACUGCAAGAGCAGUUUGACAACUUAAAUGCCGCCCAUGAAACCACGAAGCUGGAGAUCGAAGCUAGCCACUCAGAGAAAGUGGAGUUACUGAAGAAGACCUACGAAACCUCCCUUUCAGAAAUCAAGAAAAGCCAUGAAAUGGAAAAGAAGUCACUGGAGAAUCUACUUAAUGAGAAGCAGGAAUCACUAGAGAAACAAAUCAAUGAUCUGAAGAGUGAGAACGAUGCUUUAAACGAAAGGUUGAAAUCAGAGGAACAAAAGCAACUGUCAAGAGAGAAGGCGAACUCAAAAAACCCUCAGGUCAUGUAUCUGGAGCAAGAACUAGAAAGCCUGAAAGCUGUGUUGGAGAUCAAGAACGAGAAGCUGCAUCAGCAGGACCUGAAGCUAAUGAAGAUGGAAAAGCUGGUGGACAACAACACAGCAUUGGUUGACAAGCUGACGAGAUUCCAGCAGGAAAACGAGGAGCUGAAAGCUCGCAUGGACAGACACAUGGCAAUUUCAAGACAACUUUCCACAGAGCAGGCAGCGCUGCAAGAGUCCCUUGAGAAGGAGUCAAAGGUCAACAAGAGGUUGUCCAUGGAGAACGAGGAGCUGCUGUGGAAACUGCACAACGGAGACCUCUGCAGCCCCAAGAGAUCCCCCACCUCCUCGGCCAUCCCUUUCCAGUCCCCCAGGAAUUCUGGUUCCUUCUCCAGCCCCAGCAUCUCACCCAGAUGACGGUUUCUGAACACAGGAGACUCUCUGAAGGCACUGAGGUGUGGUUCUGCAGGACUGACCCUCUCGUGGGAACUAGGCCUGUGUUAGCUUUCUGGGCUAUCCACAGGAUAACUGGAGAGCAGCCACCAGCCGUAUCAGCUCCUUAUGCAUCGAGAGCUCCAGAGGAUGACUUUUAACUUGGUCCAAAAGCCUCCUCCAAAGACAGAUUUCGGAACUGAAGUGGACAUAGUUGCACAAAGCACUUACGGAACGAGGGAACCUUGUUCUUUGCCUUCCUUCACCUAAGCAUAAGGGGAAAACUCUCAGGGGCCUAUUAAGAUAAAGAUUUAUAACCUUUAUAAUGUUCUUCACCAGAGACACCUUCUUGUGAUUUUUAUUUCGGUCUGACUGUGGGCAGGGGUGUGUGUGUGAGUGAAUUGGGUGUACUGGUGUGUCACAUGACUGUCAACCCUCCCCCCCCACUGCUGUGUAUUAAAAGUUAACAGCUGGAUACAGCUGUGCCUGUAUUAAUCAAGUCAUCAUCAGCAUACACGUGUCAACAAAAGCCAUAGAAGAGAGAGCAAUAGUGCUUGAAUUUCUCCCCACUCGUCUCAGCGCUAUGACAUGGCAGGGCUAGGGUAAGACAAGGAAAAGCCUUUGGUUCGUUGAUGUCUGUACAUUUCUCUGUUAGUUUUUCUGUGUUUAGCAUUAUCCAUUGAUACCAGUUUGAUUUUUUUUUUCCCCCUGUAGAUUUCUAUGAGCCUAAUGACUGUACUCUGAUUCAUUUUCUCAGGCUACGAGCAAAUGUAGUACCCUAAUUUUUCUAAACACAAAUCUGUAUAAAGAAUAAGAGGGCAGUACCAAUGGAUGUUUCUGACUUAUUAUCCCCUUGAACCCAAGCUAUCUUCACAGUGGCAAUCCUCCGUCUUCCCUCCUGUUAUUCUAACCUCCGCUUUUCCUCCUCCACGUAGAGCCACAGAGGCAAGCCUACCUCCUACCUAAUUACAGAAUGGGCUUUUCCAGGGCCAGUUUAUCUUUGAGGUGCUGAACCUAUUUUGCAAAUAAACUAAGCUCUGGUUCCGACACUACAAAUUUUUGGAAACCCUUGGGGAAAAUCAGUAAAGGCUUUUAGCAUGUACUAAUCCACUCAAGCACGGUGGUAAGCCAGCAUUCCCAUGGUGACUAGAUCUAGAGAAGUCUGAGCAGUAAUGCUGACAGAGGCCCCUCUGAGCAUUCUUCCUGCUAUUGGAAUGCAACAAGCCAGCCAAAGAGUGAGAAGUAUGGCUUAUGCAACUCUUUCACCCUGCAUUCGAAUUUGAAACGUUCACUUACCAUCUCCUGAGACUCCAAGACUUUGUGAAAGUUAGGAGGACAGCUGUGACUCCCCACCACCCGACCCACGAGCUUCCCCGUGCAUGUCAACGUUCCGAUAUCAGUAUUUACUAGUCCAUGGUCAAUGCUAGUCAAAUAACCCCUUUAGCAAGGAUAGAUUUAGGACACUAGAGGUGGGUAUUUGACCCCGAGACCCCUACACACAGAGCUAAUUGGUACUCAUGAGCAUGCUUUUCAUUGCUGGCUGUGUUUGAAGUCAUUUAUCUCCCCUAGUUUAUGACGUAUGGAACCUUCCAUGUUUGCUCCUGAUAAAUAGGAAUGUAGCUUCACUGCCACCUCCUGGAAUAUCUCUGCUCCUGGUCCCAAGUUGUUCUCAAUGAAGUCAGCCAAAGUCAGGUUUGUCAUUGAUACCCUCGUUAUGGUUAAAGUUCAUGUGAUUACCCACCAUCCCUCAUACCAUCUAGAUAUCUGGGAAGUCAAACCUUACAGCAAUUAAAACGCCUGAAGAGCUUAGAAGACAGGAGAGAAGAUAGCAUUUAAGGGGUUUUUUUGUUUGUUUGUUUAAACCAAAUGUUUUAUGUAGAAUACAAAAUUGUUGACACAUCGUAAAAAAAAAUGUGGGUGUGUGAACAACUGUAGUUUAUAGCAGUGGAAAGUGUAUUUUACUUUGAUCAAAUAAAAUAUUUGAAAUAUUCAGU